UUCCUUUACUCGUGGGGAACAGCUGUGGAGAUUUCUACGUAUGAUGCCUUUGGUUUCCCUCUGUAACUACCUUGCCGAUGUGCUGUGCCCAAGUCAGAGAAAGAAGAGAACGGUUGGCAAGUAGACAACAGCAGAAGACCUUGAGAGAUAAUCAGCAUGGUCAGUCUACACAAUCUGCAUUGUCUGAGGAUGAAGCUAUGGCUCGUGCUAUUCAAAUGUCAUUGGCUGACCAUCAACAGUCAAAACAAGCCUCUAAUGAGCAAUCACAUCAAGAAGAAGAAGAUAUGGCAUUAGCCAAAGCACUUCAGGAAAGCCAAUUAGAAGAACGACAAAGACAGAAUCAAGUGGCAGGACGUUCGCCAGGACGCUCUCAGAGUACCGAUGUAUCCAAGUGUAAUAUUUCUUAAUCAGUUUAGUUAUAAAUGUCUGUUUUACCUGGUUAGUUACAUUCUGCUAAAAUAUAAUACCAAGUUAACAGGUUAGCUUGCAGAUCAGUAAUGUAUAAGAGGUGGAAUUUUGUUUUCUUUCUUUUUUCUUAAUGGGUCUUUGUCCCUUUUUCCAAAGAAACAAACGAACAAACACAAUGUCCACAGAUUAAACCUUCACAGUUUAAAGGUGACGAUAGUACAAAGCUUCCUUUAAAGUAUUACUUACUGAGGUGCUGUAGUUUCUGAGAAAUAAUGUUCGUGUUAUCAGUUUUAGCAUGAAAGCAGUUUCCCUAACUGGUUUAUACGUUUUUGAAACAAAAUUUUCGUCACCAAAUUUUCGUCUCAAUAUAUGAAAAUUAUUUCGAGACCUAAAGUUUAGAAUUUGAGGUCUCAAAAUCAAGCAUCCGGAAGCACACAACUCUGUGUGACA